UUGCACACGGACGGGCCAACAUUCCCACCGUGGCGCGUGUCGGUGUGCCGGUCUCGCGUUUUUUCCGCACGCAAACAACUCUCGGGAAUAGUGGGCACUCGCUCGCUCGCUCGCACGCGCGUUCGCGCCCACCUUUCCACGCGUUUCCCACACGCGUGUGCACGGCACAGCGCGGUGUUUCAUUGUGUGCGCCGGCGGCGGCGAGCGUGUGCGUGGAUUAUUUUCGCUUAUGCCGCGGCGCACGCAAUCUCAGAAGUGGUUCUCCCGUUGACAGGUUCCGAGCGGGUUUUCGAAGCCGCCGAUACCCGAGGAGCGGGCCGCCGCCGAUCCACUAGAUCCCCGCUGGCCGCCGGAAAGACGGACGGAACCCGGUGCCGUGGAGAACGUGUGUGCCUUGAUCGACCGGCGCGGCGCGGGUCGCCGGAAACGGACCUGCACGUUCUUAUGCAACCGGCGAAGGUGGACGGAGUCGGAUGGAUCGCGAUCCAUCGGCCGGCGACGAGCGUCAGACGCGUGAGUCCUGAAUUAUGAACGGCCCCUGCGACCCGCGGCACCGUGUCACCGGCUGGUGGAAGUUGCGCGUGGUCUGCGCACGGAAACGCGGAGAACCGGCAGAAUAUGGUUCGCCAACGGGCGAUUAGACGCUGCCUGUCUGCGACGGAAGGAAACGCGACUCCAGCGAGAUAACCGACGGACCGAGACGAACGAUCGCGGGAUCUAGUGUUUUCGCUGCUUCGCCGUGGACUUUUGGUGAAUUCGGCGAGCCGAGGAAAUCGAAGUUUCGAUCGGAGAAGAGGAUCGAGCAUCAUCCGCGUGGAUGUUGGAUGGAUUGAUCGGUGUACAGGGGAUCGAAGGAAGAGUGCCAAGACUAAAGGAUCGUCCUUCGCGGCGGAAGUUAUCGGCCGCUCGUUUCAAUGAACGACGCACGCCUCGCCACGGAAAUAUCGGUCACCGUGUGCGCCGCGGGCUUCGCGGAAAAUUGAUAACGAUGACGAAACGGGACGAGAAUAAACGAUAGAAUGCGCGUUUGCGGGAGAAAUCGCGCGGACGGUGUGUGCCGUGGACGUGGCCGUGGAACUUGGAACGCCACGGUGAAUUUCAACGCGUGUCCGCUUUGCAUCGCUAACGAGGGGGCGUUCGACUGUACGGGAUUCUUUGGUGAUGUUCGUGGAACUGAUUGGAAGCGAAACCGAAGGUGCCGUCCGUCGUUCUAGCGCGAGCUUUUCGAUUGUUCCGCGUUGACCGCUUCGCUGGGAACGGUUCUUCGUGGACUUCGAAGCAAGUUUCGUCGUUUCUGUGAUAGAAGAGAGAAACUCUGUUUGAAAGGGGACAACUGGAGAUGCUGGAUCCUUGGUGAGAAGUCUAAGGCAUCGACCGGCGUAUCGUAAAUCCGUCUGACGUCCGUUGCGGCGAGAAACGUGGCGGCGAUCGAGCCGCGUGAACCUUGGUGCUGAGACUAUUGCUGGAUUCACAGCCGCGGCCGGAUCGGCCCGGCCUCGAAUGAGGUGCUCGAUAUAUAAUAUCGAAUAAUUGGCGAGUUCGUUCGCUUAAGUGGACGUAUCGAUGGUUCGCGGAGGCUCGGUGCGCCCGGCUCCGCGCUGUCAGUCGAAUCGCGUCGGACGGCAGCUAUAAAUACGAAAACGGGGGAAGGGACCACGUGGAAAUCGCCGGACGAAAUGCUCAUGACCGAAAAAGGGCCACACAGGAAAGGAAGCAACGUGGAAUUGGACUUGGAGCAUUCGGAGACCGGCAACAACGUUCUCCCGUUGAACGAGCUACUUGUCAACUCGACGGUGCCUGCGGCCGCGGUUGCGGUGAAACUGUGCGAGGACUCCGCGGACGAAACUAGCAGGAGCAACGCGGAGAAACAGAGGCGCGGCAUCCUCAGCAACUUCCAGAGAAGGACGUUCAGCAGGAUCAGCUUCAAGGGCGAGACCGGACCUUUAUUGAGCAGAUAUCGGCAGACCAGGUUCAGCUCGAGGCGGAUACGCAAGAGGGUGGUUUUCAAGCACGGCGAUUGCAAUGUCGUACAAGGAAAUGUCGCCAAGCGACGGCGCCGUUACCUUCAGGACAUCUUCACGACGCUGGUAGACGCGCAAUGGCGAUGGACGCUGCUGGUGUUCUCCAUGAACUUCCUGCUCUCCUGGCUGGGCUUCGCCCUGAUAUGGUGGCUGAUCGCGUACAGCCACGGCGACCUCGACCCGGAGAACUACUCGAACCCGAACCUCACGUACACCCCGUGCAUCGUGGACAUCCGCGGGUUCACCAGCUCGUUCCUCUUCUCGAUCGAGACGCAGCACACUAUCGGGUACGGCUCGAAACACCCGACCGACGAGUGUCCGGAAGCGGUGUUCGUGAUAUGCAUCCAAUCAAUGACCGGAGUGAUCCUGCAGGCGUUCAUGGUCGGCAUAGUGUUCGCGAAGCUGUCCAGGCCGAAGAAGAGGACGCAGACGUUGCUGUUCUCGCGGAACGCCGUCAUUUGCCAGAGGGACGGACAGCCGUGUCUGAUGUUCCGUGUCGGUGACAUGAGGAAGAGCCACAUCAUCGAGGCCCACGUCAGGGCUCAGAUGAUCAAGAGGAAGGUGACGAGGGAAGGGGAGCUCUUGCCGUUCUUUCAGACGGAACUAAAAGUAGGCGGUGACGGCGAGGAAGACAAGAUAUUCUUCAUCUGGCCGACCACGAUCGUUCACAAGAUCGACGAACAGUCGCCGCUUUAUCACAUAUCCGCCAGCGAUAUGCUCAGGGAAAGGUUCGAAAUCGUCGUGAUACUCGAAGGCGUGAUCGAGUCGACAGGAAUGACCACGCAGGCGAGGAGCUCUUACCUGCCGUCCGAAAUAUUAUGGGGUCACAGGUUCGAGCAUAUAAUCACGUUCAAGAAGGAAACCGGGGAGUACGAAGUGAAUUAUACUCUGUUCAACAACACGUACGAAGUGGACACGCCCCUCUGUUCGGCGGCCGAUCUCGACAAAAUCAGAGCGAUGCAACGCGCGAAGGGAGAGCGUAUGAGCACCAGCGGGUUCCCUCAUUACCGAGACGCGUCCAGCAGCUCGUUGACCACCGGAUCCGGUUCGAGCCUGGCAUCGUCGACUGGUGGGCUACACAUGAACGUGCCGAUGACGCCGCUCACUCCGAUUCCAGUUAUGAUCACGAGCCCGGACGGCUCCCUGAGACGCGAGAGUAUGCAGAGCAUGCAGACCGACGCGAAACAGCCCGUCUUUUACACGCAGAACGAGUUGCUGGAUACCGAGCCCCACCCCGUCGGCCACGCGCAGGAGGACGCUAGGCAUCAGGAAGAUUACAAUCGCGUGCUGGAGGAUAUCAACGCGACGCUGAGGAAGAACCGGGGACACGGCAAGGAGGAGAAGAAGAUACACAAAGAGUCGUCGAGGGGCACGUUGGACUCGAAGAAGAGCGAGUCCCGGCCUAACGUGGAACUGAUUAGGCGAUCCAGCUCGAGAACGACCAUGGACCAGAUUCCAGUUGUCAUCAACCCUCCGCCGAAAUCGCCGUCCCGACUGCAUUUAGAGACUAGACACCCGAAAUUCGCGGAGUCACAAGAAGGCUACCGCGAGCCUCCACCUCACCCUCAUCCCUCUUCGAGAAGGUCGAGCCUGGGCGACAACCAUAAGCCAAAAGAACCCCAUAAGAAGACCAGCUUCAUCCUAGGCGACGACGACCACGUAAUCACGAUAUCGAAACCAGCGACACGCCACGAUCCCGAGGCGAUAGACUCUGAUUCAUCGAAGACGAAUCAUCAUUUACAGAGCAGAGGUCCUCAGGAGCAAGUAUAGGGUACGAGAGGAAUGCCGGGAUUCCAGGAACGGAAGGGCGGUGCGAGUGCCGGAGGAAAGUGAGAGGAAACGAAGAAACGAUGGCAGAAGACAGAACUUUGCUCUCGGUGGCCAGCAGACGUGAGUCAUCGUCGCCAGGCGACGUCCACCAACUUCGCGCAUCCUCGUGGCGGGUGUGGAUCGCGGGACAUCCUUCUUGAUUCGCGACCUGGGGGAAAGGAACUCAACCAGACAAGAUAUAAACGAGGAGUUCGACGAGGUAGCAAGCGGAAGAAGGAACACGAUGAACGUGAAUUGAAGUUCAAGGAGAAUCGUGAAGAGAAGUGAAGGAGGGACAAGGGAACGCGAUGAACUUGAGUUGAAGUUGAUAGAACGAAAGUUGAACGUAAGAACGAUAUUGGGAGGUGGAGAACCGAGUUGAGAGCUGGGAAGAAUAAAGUUGAAGGCUAGAGAGGACAAAGUUGAAGCUGGGAACAACAAAGUUGAAAGAUAGAGAAGACGACUUUGAAAUCUAGGGAAAAAAAGGUGGAAGUUAGAGAGGGCAACGUUGGAAUCUAGGGA